UGAAAAGGUGAGAAAGAAACGGAGAUAGAGAAAUUCGAAAGGUGAGUGGGGAGGAGAUGAGUCCAGUGGACGAUAGAGCUCGGGGCAUGGUGGAAACGAGCUACCAAGACGUGACGUAUACAGUGGUGAAGAGUAGUAUAGUGCACCAUGGUGUAGCAUGGCAUAGUUAAAGUGGGAGAAACCGUGUAUGACCGUCCUCACCGUAAGCCAGUCCCGUGUGAACGACCGUCAAGCGAACCUCGAACGAAACUCGAUCAAGCCUCCCGAGGCUCUUCCUUCUCCUCGAUUCAACCUCCUUCGAUUUUUCAACGAAAUUCACCGAGAUAUUCGUUCGACCCACGGUACGAGUAUCGCGAAACAUCGAUGGAGGACGAGUUUUAUCACAGUCCAGUGAUUCGAAAGUCGGAUAUAGCUGUCUACCGGUGGUAAUUUUGUGUCAACUCGAUAACACACUUCCAAAAGGAUCGGUGAAGUUAAACGCGCGUCGAUAGUGUAUCGAAUAAAGAAGCAGUGUAGUUCUGUGAGGAAAGGUGUAUGCCAUGUAGAAACCAAGAAGAAAUAUCCUGUUAAUAAUUGGAGGAAUUAAAACCGUGUAAAACUGGUCUUCCAGUUUGUAAAAUAAGUGAAACGUCUCUCUAAUUAGGACACCAGCAGCUGCGAGUGACAUCAACCCGCAUAAGCGAGACGCGACGUGGAAACGUUUGGUGAGCUUAACGAGUGGAAAGCUGAAAAAGCGCGAGAAAGUUUGGGGGAAAAAAGGUGGAAAAUCGAGGAAUAGAUCGCGAGAAAGGUGGAAAAGAAGGUGAGACGUACUACAUCGUACGAAAAAGCUGACUCGUUCUUGUUCACGAACGCAAGAACACACCGGACCUAGCUGCGGCCAAGUAGGUCAACCGGCGUGCGCGAGAGUGCGAGACCGAAUAAAAGAGAGGAAGAAGGGAAAGAAAAAAAGAAAGAAAAGUAUCGACGGGAGAAGGAUUGAACGAAGAAAGGAAGGAAAGAAUGGCGAGACGAGGGCAUUCGAGUUUCCACGAUGCUCGACGUUUUUACUCGGCAUAGGUUCGCGAUCCAAAAUGGCGGCGAUCGGCUGGUAUCGUGGCACGAUUUACAACGAUAAAGACUGGUCCAACCACCGUCGGUGUUGCUAAAGAACUUCUCUCCAGUGUCCUUGACAAUUAGCCUGACCUUGAUCGGAAGGUGCAACCACCGUUCGACCGCAACGCUCAAGGAUACCAGGAUGCCAGAACUCGCGGGGUCGAAGGUCCUCGUGACCUUGUCGCUGCUGAUUCUUUCAGGUGUUUCGGCUAUCCAAAAUGAUCGAACGUCUUCCCGGUCCUCUAAAGAAGACAUCAUCCUCAGCUCGUAUACAGGGCCUGAGAGAACGUCCAGCGUGUUUCAUCGCGAUGCAUCGCCAACUUUCCAAAGAACCGUUCCAGCAUUUCAACUGGAAAGCUCGAAAAGCGUCAAUAACUAUGACAAAGAAGAGAUCAGGUUCGAAGACAGGAAUACCAGGCACGAGGAAUCUAUCGACGAGCUAACGUCGUCGAAACACGUCGAUCAUAUAGACGGGAACAACAUCGAAGUGAAACCGGGGGAAUAUUAUCAUAUAACACCCACAACGAGCGAAUCCAUGUCGGGGGAAGGACAAGGGGCUCCGCAGGGACCAAAACUCUUGUCGGAGCCCCACCAACUAGCUGGAGUGUCAAACCAACAGGCACACUACUUGCAAGCAAUAGAUCAACAAAGACGGGCACGCCAAGAGAUCCCCAGGAUCUAUAGCGAACACGCUCCACCGCCUAUCCUGCAGACCGCUUCUCCAGGAAACCGACAGGCGAAUCCUGAUAUACAGGACAUCAUCACGGGUAUCGUGAAAUUGUUGAACGGAAACGUGAAUGUCGCUGCCAACACGGUCAGACCCUUGAGGCCGAUUCAAGCCACCAGGAUUAACAACAGAGGUCCGCCGAGAAUAUCCGACGUCCCUCCAUUACCACCUGAUUUCGAUACACCUGGAAUGAAUCCUCCCCCUCCGCCGGAUCAUCCUUAUCCCUUCGAAAAACCACCAGCCCCGGACAGACCCCUGGUGAACCAACUACCCCCCGAGAGGCCAAUCAGACCCUUCGUGAACGGCGUUCCACUGCCAGAACAAAUCGUUCCGCAAGGAAAUCGUCCAUGGACUUGGAAUCGUCCUGGUUCGAACAGGCGACCAAUUCCUCCGUACAAACCGCUGCCACCGUCCUCGGAGUCCGCUUUCAAUCGGGAGAAAGAACAGGAGGACAAAAACACGAAACCUGACGCAACGUCGACAGAGGAAUCCUCGACGAAAAAAGAAGAUCAAAGCGAAACUACCACGAACGCUUUGGAGAACACGACCAAGUAUCACCAGGAGGGUGACAAUCAAAAGGUCAGGUACGAUUCGAAGACCACGGUGAAACCAGCUACAGAGAGUAUUACGAAAAAUCCUGAAUCUGGAAAUUCCAUGAAGAAGGAUAACAAACAUCAGUCUCCGUCUAAAGAGAACAAAGUGAAUAAUCAUAACGCAUCGACCCCUCCAACGGAAUCCAACAACGUUAAUAAGAUAAAUAACAUGAAACAGGAAGAUUCGGCAAAACCUGUGAUACCGUUGGAAGGUUCGGUGAAACCAACGAAGUCCACGAAAAUCAACGACACACAGAAACCCAAUUCCAGCGUGAACAACGAAAAAUCUAUCGACAAGCCGAGCGUGUCCAAGACCCCGAUAAAAUCCUAUUCCACGUCCACGCUGAAUAUCGAGACCAGCUCGUCGGUCCAUGUAAUCGAGCCUACGACCACAAAAACGGUCGUUCAAUCGACCACAAUCCCCGUGAAUAAUAGUGCAAGUUAUACGCCAAUUGCGCCUAGUAUAGUGGCUUUAGAACCGAGCAAAUCGUCCGAUUUUGAAAGUACCAUUACCACAUCGAGUGUACCAACACCGACGGACAGUUUACCAUCGACAUUCACGAAAGGCUCGUCAAUAGCGGACAAAAGUAUAAUCCAUACUCCUGCUUCCAAUACGUUCACAAAGAAUUCAGCUGCUACGGAUCGCUAUGCUUACCGACCCCGACCUGGGAUAGUCCUUGACGACACCUUGGAUUACACGGGCAGCCAAGGAUUGGCUACUCAACGACCUUACGCACCACCGAGACAUCCACCUCUCGGUGAUAUUUUUGAUGUCACGGUCUCGGCUAUUCAAGGACCAGGUGGCGCAAGUUCUGGGGAAGGUGUAAGGGUGCCGGUAAACGCGGGAAACGCGGACGUGAUUCUCACGUCGGCGGUCGAGGGUCAAGGAUUUGUCAGCAUCGACGGGAAAAGAACGUACUUGAACCUAUUCGAGAACACAGAUCGAACAUCGACGCACGUGCAACCGCAGCCUCAGCCGACCAGAACCCAAUCGCCCGCUGUCGUCGGCACUGGAUUUGCUGUGCCGCAACCGGACCCACCUACGGUGACUCCGAGGCCCAGCGGACCGAUUCGAAGGCCAACGUUCCACAGGAGGCCCACCCAACCACCGGUCAGGAUAGACACCUGCAUCGUGGGUGACACGAGUACUUGCGACAUCAGUCAACACGAGGCGUGUGCCACCGUUCAAGGGGUGUCUGCUUGUCACUGUAAACCAGGAUACGCGAGGCUACAGCACUCCUUGCCGUGUAAAAAAAUCAUCAGUAUCGUGGUGUCGAUGAGGGUGGACAAAAUCUACGACAGGAAAGUCGUGUGGGAUCGAGGAUUCACAGACAAAGAUUCCGAACCCUAUCAAACUUUGGCUUACGAAGCUAAUCGAGCUAUCGAAUCCGCCAUGUCGAUGACACCGUUUUCGGACGAAUACAUGGGGUCCUUGAUCAACGGUGUGUAUCAAGGGGAUAUAAGCCAAGGCCAAGGGGGUGUCUUUGUAAACGCAACCCUGAAGCUCACAUAUGAACCGAGAACAAUAAGACCAAGUUUAGCAGGGGAGUUGCAGAGACAUCUGCUCGGGGUUAUUCAUAGAAGGAGCAAUAAUAUAGGGAACAGCGCUCUAUACGUUGAUAGUCCUGCUGGAUCUAUAUCGAAUUUACAAGACUUGGACGAGUGUGCUUCGUCAGAACUGAACGACUGCCAUUCUUCGGCAAUUUGCAUCAACAAUUGGGGUGGAUUUACUUGCACUUGCAAUCCAGGAUUAAAGGAUCCUCACAAGGAUGAUCCUAACGAAUCUGGUAGGACUUGUAUCUCCUGUCCUUCGACCUAUUGCAACAAUCGAGGCUCUUGUUCUUACCAAGGCGAUCAUAUGCAGUGCUCGUGCACUGGUAAUUAUUAUGGUGCUCAAUGCGAAGUCGAUGGAGAGGUCCUGGGCGUAGCGAUAGGGGCGUCCGUAGCAGCUUUAAUCAUUAUAGUCCUGACAUUAGUAUGCCUGGUCAUGUGGAGUCGACGAUGGUCUCGCGAACAAAAAUCGGUCGGCUCACCGGUGUACGGUUACAUCCAGGGUGGCAUCCCUGGGACGCUUCCAGGAACUCUGGCGAGGGUUGGUUCUGUGGGCACCCUCGCUUCCGUGAAACAAGGACCACCGACCAACUUGCCGCCGUACAUGUGGGCACAUUUUGGCGACCAUAUGGCAACUGCUAACGUAUACGCCACGGAACCCAUGGGACCAACGCGGCCAAGUUCUGCCGUGUUCGGAUAUCCACCACUGAACGUCCAUGGAACGUUACCACCAGUACCUCUGCCAAGACUCCAAGCUCCGCCAAGACCGCGACAAAGACACCAACCCGAUCCCGAUAGCUCGGAUUCCGAGCCACAGGACAAGGACAGGGCCGAUCUGAUCCCCCAACACAGCGGUUUUCAUGUUCCCAGGCCACGAUCUAGAUCAUCUCUAGCCAAUCAAAGCGGAAUUUACAAUGACGUGGAGUACGACCAAGGUGAUGUGCACCAUUUAUCGAAAAACAAUAUCCCGAUGUCCACUUACAGGCCGUACUAUCGAACGUGAGACACGUGAAAAAAAAACCUAGCUGUACUAUUUAAAAGGACAGAAUUAUUAAGAGAAAAGUCGAGGAGGGAAUAAAUUCGAAUCGAAGCUGUGAAUUCUGUCAAUUGUCCAAAUAAUUGAAAACGAACUGUAAACUUAGAUUAUGGACACGUGGUAUUAACAAGAAAGAAAACAAAUGAAAUUAAUGCACCUAUGUAUGUAUGUUUUACAAAGAUGUUAUUUUACCUGUUUAUAGAUAUUCAAGUCGACGUAAGGUAUCAGCAUUGCUAAUUCUAGUUACUUAUUUGUUAUACUAUAUGAAUAUUUAUUACCCUAACGUUACCCUCGAUAUAACAUCUUGCAAAAAGAAAAAUCAUACCAAGGCUGUUUUAUACGAACCUAGUGAAACGAAGGGUGCAUACUGAACGACUAGUAUUGAAGCAAUUGCUACUUUUAAUUACUUUAAUUUAGCCUAUUAUCGUCGAUAAUUAUUUAUAUUUUAUAGUUUAGUGAUAAGUAUACGUGAAAAUUUGUUACUUUGCAGCUUGUGAAUUAUCUUGGGACCACCAUUUUUCAGAUACUUAUCACUAAACCGAUAAACGAUAACGCAUGUAAUAUCAUUACGCAAUCUAAGAAAGAUACGUAUUAAUAACCAAGGAUCCGUAGUUCUCUUUGGAAACAAAGCGUGUACAAGGAUCAAAAAGCAAUAUAAAAUAAGAGUAAGAAUAAGAAUAAUACUCGUUGAUGAGUGUGUGAGUUACGUUCUGGGGUGUCGAAUACCAUAAUUCAUUUAUGUAACUCUUCUGUAAUUAUACAUUAUAUAUUUUUGCAAAUUGAAUACAAUAUACAUUUGAAAAU